ACGUGCUCGUUACCUAUGUUUCACGUGGUGACGUUCCUAGCCUUGCCUGUAUGUCUUUCACAGUUGGCGACAGGGAUAGUGGAAAUGUUUUCGACCCUACCAGUGUGUACGAAUAUUUGGAGAAGAUGACCAUAACCCCAAUAACUUAUUUGAACACCAAAGUCUCUUCAGUAUAAACGUGAUAUUGCUUAGAGUGACUCACAUAUCUUGACCUCCAGCUGAGAAAGGAUAAACGAAAAACCACACUGAUACAGCCGCGGAUUUUUGUGUGGUUGGUAGCGCUAACGUUAGCUAGCUAACGUUAGCUAGCUAUGGAGGAUAUUAACUCAAACAUCAACGCGGACUUGGAGGUGCGCAAGCUGCAGGACUUGGUAAAGAAACUCGAACAGCAAAACGAGCAGCUCCGUAGUCGGUCUACUCUAUUGUCUUCGUCUGGAGCAGUGUCAGGAAACCAUAGACCCCUUAGUGCUGGAUAUGACUCACCCCUGUCAGCCGCCUCGGCGGCGGGGCUGGUCGGCUUCCCUGGGGUGGGGUUCGGCGGAACGGGUGCCUAUGGAGGGCUUUUGGAAAACUCCCGUUGUUUGAGCCCCAGACUGUCAUAUGAUGGCAUCAGUUUCAGGAGAGCAUAUGAGGGCGAGGGGGCAUCGGCUGCCACUUCUUUCACUGGCAUCAAUUCGUACUUUACUGACGCAGGGGAAACACUGGGUUUUAUGGAUGAAGGGGAAACUUCAAUCUUGGAUGAAGUAGACAUCCUCGAUCUUGAAGACAUGGAUUGUCUGAACGAAGAUGAAGACAGCUGGCUGUAUGAGGCGAAGCUGAACAGCCCUUGGCAGAAAGCCUUGAGUCCCAUCGUGUGGUGUCGCCAGGCUCUGGACAACCCCAGUCCUGACAUGGAGUCAGCCAAGCGCUCCCUCAUCCACAGACUGGACCUCACCAUGUCAGCAAACAAGCGGAGGAGCCUGUAUGGAAGUCCCUAUAGUCCCCAGGUGAACUACGGAAGCCCAUACAGCACAAACACAGUGAACAGCCCCUACAGCAGCGGCUUCAACUCCCCUUCCUCCACCCCCAGCAGGGUGCCCAUCGUCAGACAGCAGCUGAUGCCCCCUCUCCACCAGGCAGCUCAGCAGCAGCGUGGUGGCUCAGUAGAGAGAGAGAGGAACCCCCCACCGGUCAGCCCUCAGUCUUCAAUAGACAGUGAGCUGAGCACCUCGGAGAUGGACGAGGAUUCUGUGGGAUCCUCCACCACGUACAAACUCAACGACGUCACUGAUGUACAGAUCCUGGCUCGCAUGCAGGAGGAGAGUCUUCGGCAGGACUAUGCUGCCACAGCUUCCAGGCGUAGCUCUGGUUCGUCCUGCCACUCUCUGAGACGCAGCACCUUCAGUGACCAGGAGCUGGACGCCCAGAGUCUAGAGGACGAUGAGGAGGCUGUACACCCCGCCUUCCACCUCCCCUCGAACCGCUUCUCCCACUCCCCCAGACACUCCCCGCGCCUCCCCCAGGAACUCCCCCGCUCCCGCUCCCCAGCACGCUCCCUGGAGUACAACCACGCCGGGGGCUCCCCGCAGCCAAUCAUCAGCCGGCUGCAGGCGCCACGUCACUCCCUGCAGGGCCACGCCCCCCAAGACCUGCAGACCAACGUGGUGAAGAACGAAGAGAAGCUGGGGCGUAGUCUUCCUAACCUGACCCGCUCCAACGUGGCCCAGCAGGGCCCAGAGCCCGUCAAGAACAGCAGGAGCUGUGAGUCCAACCUGCAAGUGCCAAACGGAAGCUCACCGAGACACCAGGCAGUCAUUCAGUCUGCCAUCCCUUCUCCCAGUAAGCUGCGAACCCCAGCCACCCCGUCUCCCCUGGCCCUGAGGCAGCCUGUAAAGGCCACGUCUACCCCUGGCUCUGGAGCCUCCACCCCCACACGCUCCCUGGGCCCAGCACGCAGCAGCCUGCCCCGGCCCAGUGCAGGAGGAGGAGGAGGUGGCAUCCCUGUGCCUCGCAGCAAACUGGCCCAGCCAGUACGCAGGUCUUUACCUGCCCCACGGACCUACAGUGGCGGAGAGAACUGGAGAGAGGGCUGCUACUGAGGCUGGCAUGGCCAGCAGGGGGCACUGUUGCUCUCUCAUCAGCACAAAGAGGCAUACAAACAUUACAAUGCGGCACUUUAUCAACCAAGAUUACUUUUACCAUGAAUCAAGAAACUAUAUCAAAGACACAAGUCACAUUCUUCGUACUAUCAUGAGCAACAUGAUCUGAACAGCUGAAGCAACAUGGUGUGUUUAUCUGUGUGGAGAGGUUCUGAAGGGGCCAGGGGCCGUGCUAUUCCGGUUCCUUAGGACGUUCCUACUAGUGGCCCGCAACUGCUAAUAACCCAUCCGGAACCGCCCGACAAUGUGAAAAUCUGAGGUCCGCACUUGACCCUUACCCGCUAAUAUAGAAAAUGCGCUGUAUACCAUAUUCGAAACCAGCUAAACUAUUUUUUGACAGGGGGUGCAGGAUUUUUUUUGUGCCAAAUUUAGAUAUGUUACUGCAUAUAAUUUCUAACAUUUUAGUAGGCUAUUUGUUAUUUAACUUGUCUAUAAUUAGAUACAUGCAGCUUCCCUUCUUUCAUUAUAUGUAGCCCUAGAAGACCAAGUAAAUCCAUUAAUCAGUAGAAUGAACGCUUCAAUCUAGUUGACAUCGCUAGUUUUCUGUCAUCUGUUUAUUUUGCGGAUGUAAGACUUUUAGGGACCGGGGAGAAAAUGCAAUAACAAAAAAUAUAAACAGGAAUGAUUUUCUGUGCAACAUUUUCUAAGGAUAUUUGUCAGGAAAUCGAACGCUGUGAAAAAGAACAAAAAUGAUUUCUCCACUCCUGUUCCUGAGUCAAAAUGUUGCCUACAUUUGGUGUAUAAUUUUACUUCAGGAAAUGCUUAAUUCUGCAGGAGUUAAUAUUAAGGCUAUGUGGGAGGGUGUGAUUGUCAAAUUUGUGUAGCGCCUCAAUCAUGCAUAACAUAAACAUAGGUUUAGGGUAGGGAUGUCCCAAGGGUCUUGUAUAGCACUAACCAAGGGGCCAGGCAGGGCUGGCGUGCGGAAGGGGCCAGGCAGGGCUUGCAUGCGGAAGCCCAGAGAUGCCAAAGAAACCAGCCGAGCUCCAGCAUCACGGCGCCUCCAGAGGGCACUGUCACAUGCCUCGGGGUGUCUGUUCAGCCAUCAGUCAAUCACACAAUGCUUUUCUCCAUCUCUCCCUUACUCCUUCCCUCGUCGCUUUUAUCUUUUCACCUCCCUCAGGUUGAAAUGUUUCUACACAUUUCUCUUUUUGCAGUCUGUUCUUAACAGAUGCCUUGGUUAGAGAUCUCUAUGAUGAUGCUGUGCAGGUGAAGUGUUCCCUUAAUGUUAAAGAAAUGUUGUGAAUGUUUUACGAAGUGAACUCACCUCUGUAUGGUUGUGUUGUCAAAUCAUAGUUUUUGUCCACUUGUGAAACAACUAGAAUGUAUUAAUGUUAGUUUGGGACAUUAUUUAUUCAAAUAAUUAUUUAAAGAGUUCCUUUUCCAAAUAUACAUUUUCAGCAUUCGCUUUCUAUUGAUUUGAAUAAUUUGUAAAAAAUGAACAUUUUGAACCUCAACUGCAAAGCUUAUUCUCCAAAGUAUUUUUUAGAUGGUUUAAUAACAGGACAUUUGUGUUUUUAUGUUGAACACACAGGUGACUGGUAGAAACAGGCCAAAGCCCCAUCUCUGAUCUUAACCAUAACUAUGGCUUAACCUGGACUGACUAUCACAUAUUUUCCAGAGCUGGGUAGACAGUAGUCAUGUCAAACUGGGCCAAUCACUGGUAGCCAUCACAGUCUCACUCCAAAUCUACUUCUGGAUUGGUUGGUUAGCUCCAUCUACUCUCCCACAUUGGUUUAAUGUGCAGUUACAAUAUCUACUGUAUAGUCAGACAUGCUCCCACUAACACAUAUAGAAUUCCGCACUUGUAACCCUGAGAUCAGAGCAUGCAGAAAAGGCUUGAUGUAGUUCAUUUAAAACCUGCAACAAUAUUGUGUCAGUGUAUGUUAUGUCAAGACGGAGAGAAUACAUUAUCAUGACAUCUUAAGUAAGAUAAUAAUGGAAGUUGUAUAAGUUAGUGGCCAUUUGCCUCUUGUGCUUUAAAAUGAAUCAAAGAGGAGUGCCGAGAUUCAUAGGGAUGGUAUUGGUGUGCCAGAAAUUAUCAAACUAGUGCCUAUUCAUUUAAAGUUAUACUUUAUUUUGAAUGUGCUUUUAUUUGUUCAUGUAUCAUUAUGUGCCAAUAAUGUCUUGGUUUGCCAAUAUAAUUUGUGUCUUUGCAUUUCUGCUUGAUUUAGUUUGGGCUAAUUUUGUUAUUUUAAUUGUAUCAUCAAUGCAUUUAUAAUUGCUUGUGUAUAAUAUGCGCCUUGAUAUUUAUAACAAAUGACUCUCAUUCUGUAAAUGAAUCUAUUUAAGAGAGGUGCCUCUGUAUGUCAAGGUUUGGAUUUAGUGGAAAACUUGGCUAGUGUUGCAAAAAAUAUAUGCCACACCAUUUUGGGAUAGUUUUUGUUAAUUCACCUUUUUAUAUUCACCAACAUGACAUUCGGGGUUGGAUUCAAUUCGUAUUGCAUAAGUAUCGCGCAAGAUCCACGUUGAAAUUUAAAGGCAAUGUUCCCGCGUCCACAGAGACUGCAUUCACGCUGCCUAUGUCGGAUGUUCUGCGAUACGGAUCGAAUCCAGUCCUCAGAUUCCCUGUAUAAACUCACAUUUCAAUUUUAAAAAGUUGAGAAAC